CUUAGUUGGGGAUGGAGCACCCCUAUCCCAGCUGCAGGGGCAUGUACUAGAGAGAGAAAGAACAUCUAGUAAUCCUACCAGACCUCUGUGGCUCACGAUGGGGCCACGUGCAUUUGGCAAAAAAAAAAAAAAAAAAGACAGGGAUUUAGGGUCAAGGGCAGCAGCAGCAGAGAGGAGGACAACUAAAAUAUGGAAUGGAUGGAAGAAGGGCAGGAAAUAAGAAGUGGGAGUGGGGAGUGGGAGUACAGAAGUAUGCAAGAGUGUGUCUUUACCCCUUUAGUGGUUUAGGUCAAGAAUGUGUCUUCAGUUUUGCAACAGAGUGCCUUACAAAUUAAAUGUUUCUUUUCAAGGAGAAGUCUGCUCUUGGAAACGUAUUGAAGAAACAAGGUGACUGUAAGCAGUGGCCUCUCCUGACAUCUAGUGGCCACACAUUGAAACACCAGACUAAACACAUUUGACCUUUCACAAUCAGAAGUUUGCCUGUUUCGUGGGCUUCAUUAUCUUGGGUGAGUUCAAGUGAAACCAAACUGAGACGGAAUAGGAAGUCUGUGGAUCGAAAAUAGACGAAACAUGAACCCGGGACAGCAUGGGAACUUGCAGUCAGUCGUUUUCUCUGGGUGUGCCUUCAUGUGCAUCUACGGCAGCGAAACUACCGGAUGGGCAAAACUAAGUAUCAUGUCGAAUUCAACUGUGGUUUUUCACAUGUUUGAGGCACGUGCUGUAUUUUUUGCAUGUGUGAUCAGGUGGGCGUGCAGGGCCACUCGCUCUAAGCAGCCACAGCAAAACAACUCGAAUGAAAUAAAUACAGUUGAGGCGUGGAUGUCUAAACAGCUACACCUUGCAAAACGAAACGCUUCCUGAACACCACGUUUAGAAAAAGGAAGUGUAGCAUCUGAUAGGGGAAGCAGACAAGUGCACUGCAAUACAAAUCGAGAAAACAUUUACAGUGUGCUACAUGUGUCACAUGUGUGUAUACCAACCGUGGGCAAAGCCAGCAAUAGCAGGGCCUGCUGUUUCCACUGACCAGAUCCCUUGCUCAGCAAACCAUCAAAGUUUCAGGGAUGAACUAAACAACAGAACGCUCACAAGCGUGACUGCAGCUUCCCCUCAUCCCCCACACCUAAGAAACCAGUCGCAUCUCAGAACAGCCCUCGCUAGAUGCUGCCACCUCGUUGCGCUAGGAAGACUUGCUGCUGACCUCGUUUGCCGCUCUAGAGCCCAAGGAAGAGGGUGUGUAUGCAGAAGAGGCUGAACGCUGCUGGGCAUGUGGUCUGCCCUGGUUUCGAUGUCUCCUCUCUGUACUUGCUCAUCGAUUAGGGACAGGACACGGAAAAACAAGGUCUGUGAAUAAAUAUAUGGUCUGAUCAAAGGAAGGAUUUGUGCAGUUUUGCCAUCAUCAGCUCAUGCGUGAAAGGAAGAAAAAAAAAACAUGACUCAGAAUACGUCUGGCUUGUCAGAGGGCUCUGUGGCCAACACCUCAGCAUGUGAUGUAAACCUAAGCAGCUAUCAUGAGAGCAUGGACAAGAUGUACACCUACUUCUACCUGCUGCUCUUCAUCCCUGGACUGCUGCUCAACACCACUGCCCUCUGGGUCCUCUGCAGACACAUCAGUAAGAAGACCAAGGCGGUGAUCUUCAUGAUAAAUCUGGCUUUAGCAGACCUGGCCCACAUCCUCUCCCUGCCCCUCAGGAUCUAUUAUUACUUCACUCACACUUGGCCUUUCGGACGAACCAUGUGCUUGUUCUGCUUCUACCUGAAAUACCUCAACAUGUACGCCGCCAUAGUGUUCCUGGUCUGUAUCAGCGUGCAGAGGUGUGUCUUCCUGCUGGACCCGUUCUCUGCUCGUCGGUGGAGGCGUCGCUAUGACCUGCUCAUCAGUUUCAUAGUGUGGGUGGUGGUUGGUCUGGCCUGCUCCCCUUUCAUUUUAAUGAGGAGCAGCAACAGCAAUGAGACUGUCAGCAACAUCUCCCAUCACCAGGUUACCACUUCUACCCAGCUACCCACCUUCACAUCGUCUUGCAAUACGAGUGAGAGCAAAGGGAAUUCAGACAUCAGUCUACCUUCUAACGCACUGCUCUGCUUUAAAGACUUACCCAUGCGUCACCUGCCUCUCCCUCUGGCAAUCACCAUGAUGGUUUUCGCCGAGCUGUUUGGUUUCUUGAUUCCUUUUGUCUGCAUUUGCUACAGCUCCAUCCGCAUCGCAGACUCCCUCAAGGGGAGACACAACAUGGAUCAGCAAAACUUGACCUCGCUCAACUCCUCGGCACGCAGCCGGCUCCAGUCGGUCACCUCCAACUGCCCGUCAGAGAAAUACCAAGAAAAGCAAACGACCAGCGAGAAGCGGCGCGCGCUGCAGAUGGUGUUGGCCUGCUGUGCCCUCUUCUUGUUCUGCUUUGCCCCGUACCACGUCAACUUUCUGCUGUACCUCAUGGUAUCGCAGGAAAUCGUGUACCACUGCCCGACCGUGCAGGCCGUGAAACAGUUCCACCCGGUGUCUCUGUGCAUCGCGAGCCUGAGCUGCUUCCUCAACCCCCUACUUUACUACUUUUUAACGGCUGAAUUCAGAGCACACCUCAAAAGGCGCACCUCCUCCUUCUCCUCGUCGCUCCUCUCCUCCCCGGUCACCUCCCCGGUCACCUCCCCGACCAGCUGCCCCACAGAACAGAGACUGAUGAGACUGGAGAGCAGUUGCUCAGAAAGGGAGUCGCUCCGCACAGCAUGGAUCCUCAAACCAACACGUCACCAGACUACCAGCAGUGUUCCUAAUACAAAACUUUCCCACAAGUUCGCGAAACUGUUCGUCCUGACAGUUGACACGGACGUCCCUUGGCUUAAGAUGAACUAUAGCUGUGAACAUGAGGACCAAAUAAAGGAGUACCAACACCGGAUGUAUGCAAUAGUGUACAGUGUGAUCUUAGCACCCGGCCUGCUGUGUAAUGUGCUGGCUAUCUGGGUGUUCAGGAUCUAUAUCAGGGAAACCAAGAAGGCUGUGGUGUUCAUGAUGAACCUUGCGGUGGCCGACCUGCUUCAGGUUCUCUCUCUGCCCCUGAGGAUCUACUAUUACCUGAACGACACGUGGCCGUUUGGUCACUUUUUCUGCAUGAUCUGCUUCUAUCUGAAGUAUGUCAACAUGUACGCCUCCAUCUACUUCCUGGUGUGUGUCACCGUGCGUCGCUGUGAACUCAUUGUGCGUCCGCUGACGUGCAACUCACCCAGGCGGAAAGGAGACCUGUUCAUAUGUGGGAUCGGCUGGUUUUUGGUCUGUCUCUGUUGCCUGCCAUUCCCUCUGCUGAGGAACCCCACUGAACCUGAACCUGAACCUGAACGUCGAAGUAACUGUUUCUCAGAGCUGCCUAUGACGGCUCUGAGUCCCCCGGCAGCCUGGGCCCUCCUCAUCUUAGCGGAGCUGUUCGGCUUCAUCAUCCCUCUCGUCUUGGUGAUGGCCAGUGCGUGCAUGACUGCCGGGAGCCUCCGGGAGGCGACAAGGGGGGCUAUUGCUGACAGAGGGGAGAAGCGGAGGGCACUAAGGAUGGUACUAAGCUGUGCUGCUGUUUUCUUAUUGUGUUUUGUACCAUACCACAUUACUAUGCCUCUGGACUUUAUGGUUAAAGCCAAUGUACUGAAAAACUGUGACUUCAGGAAAAUUAUUCUGCAGUGUCACCCAGUCACGCUCUGCCUGGCCAGCCUGAACUGCAGCCUGGAUCCCCUCAUGUACUAUUUCACAACUGAUGAAUUCUGGAGGCGACUGAGCAAGCCGGAGAUACCGGACAGCAUGGCUUUCAGCAGGCGUCUGUCCUGCAUGAGCGGAGGAGCGGACUUAGAAGAUGAAUAGACGAAUUAUCAAACUUUACUCUCAACUACAAAAUCCAGACAAACCUCGGACAGUUUAAAAUUGUAUUUUUCUUAUUUAUUAUUCAAUAAAACGUUUUUUUUUUCUUUCUAAAUUUGCAUUUUACUGCUGAAGAUUGACCCGUGUCUGGCCAUCUUGUAUCAGGAAACACAGCACAAAGGAAAACCUCUAACGCCCCCUCGGUCUUUCACUAUUUAUGUUCAUUUUCACCACAAGCUAAUGACUCACAGGGGAAGCUAGAGGGGUCGGUAUUACCUUUGUGGUGCUCUGCUUUUACCGGAGAUGUAAGAACAACCAAGUGACCAAAAUAUUCAGUAGGUAAAGAAAUGCAACUUUAUUCAACGACAAAGUGAAGUUCGGUUCAGUAGUUGCACAUAACAAUGUUUUUCUUUCUAAUCUGCAAGUAUUCGGUUAAAAAGCUGAGACAGAAACUCUUUUUUUUCUUUUUUCUUUCUUUUUUUUUUUUUUUUACAAGCGUACUUCCUGUUGAUUGUCUUUCUGUACAGGCAUCAAGUGGGAAACCACUGAAAAUGAAAAAAAAUUUGGGGCACAAGGCCAAUUUUUUUUUGUACAAAUUUUAAACUUUUAUCAGAAGGGACUUAAAAAUCAAGGACAGCUGUUUUGAGUGAACAAAUCAAAGUGACAAAUCAAGGUACAUAGUUUUCUUCUAAACUCACAGUAACGUUAACCCAGCUGUCUAUCUAAAGCUAAACUCAUGUUGUCAGACGAAAAUUCAUAAACUCCUGACAAUCAAGUGCUUUCAAGUCAAAUUUGGUGAAAAAAUUCCCUUUAGCUUAUUUCCCUCCUUCAAGUUCAGAGUCACAAACGAGGUUUCCACACAAACACAUAAACUGGUCAUAUAGGGUUGCUGGACUGUUUACCACCAGUUACACGAAAUCAUCACACAGCGGGACAGAAACGGAGGCCGCUCUCCCGGGGGAAAAUAUCUACAAAAAGUGGUGUCUGAGACGGCUUGUAGAAAUCUGUUAGCGCCCUCAACAGUCAACGACAAGCAUGUUACAUGUGCACUGUACCUGUAGCAGACAUUUCCAUGCUGACUUGUGCUAUAUAUCACUAUAACAUAUAGUAUAUCCCAUUUAAGCUGCUCUACAAACCCUGUAAAGAGUGGUGACUUCAGGCUGACACAAGACAAGUCUGAUAUGGAUGACUUCUCAGUAUCACUAGAAUAUUCAGUAGAAUGACUAACAACUGUCGUUUAGACGUGACUGGAUGCGGUGACACAGUAACAUCAAUAAGAUUAGACUGCAGGAAGCAACAGCAACAAAACACUAACCGACGAAACAAAAGGAAACUUAGUAGAUCUUAAGUUAGCGGGUUAUCCGUACGAGCCUAGCCUAGUGAAUACUUGAGCAAGAGAGCUACACCUGUUCAGGGGAAUACAGCAAACGAGGAGGAGGGUGGGGUUAGACGUUAAACGCUGUAACUAAAACUCACUCAACACUAGAUUUAAAGCAGCAAGAGGGGGGG